GCAGUCAAGGGAAUAAGCGAGAGAGGUGUCAGCGAGCGGUUGACAAUAUGUCUGGGGUGCUCUUCGAGGAUAUCUUUGAGGUGGGGAAGCUCAAUCCAGAUGGAAAGAAGUUCGACAGAGUCAACCGGCUGGAGUGCAAGGGUGUGACCUACGAUAUGGAUCUCCUGCUAGACACGAACUGCGACAUUUACCCGGUGAAGGAAGGGGAGCGAUUAACCUUUGUGAUAGCCAGCACGCUGGAUCUGAGCGGCAAGCCUGACGACGGCACUUACAAGCCACUGGGGGAUGAGGUGUCCCUGGCGGACAAAUACGAGUACGUGAUGCACGGGCGAGUGUACCGAUUCGACCAGCAGAAGGACACCAAGGUCCAGGUGUUCGCUUCGUUCGGGGGACUGCUGAUGCGCUUGACAGGGGACCAGCGACAUGUUGCCAACAUCGAGGUGGACUCGCGGGUGUUUUGUCUGCUUCGACGAAACGCGUGAUGCGAUGACGUCACCAGAGAGCAACCAAGGGGGCACAGGCGACAACAAAACCAUCACGAAGGAACACAUCGUGGUGUAGGGUAUCCACGUCGUGCGUAUUGGUAGAAGGGAAAUUGUUGGAUACGCAGCCGUUCCCAGAGGGCUGGUGUGUUUAAACUCCACAAAAGCACGAAUUGUUCCGAAAGGUGGAAAGGGGGAAGGGGCGUAGGGCGUCGCGUGGCCGUGGAUUGGAGCAUGUUACGCUGUCUCGCGAGUUUGUGUGGAUAAGGGCAUGUAUAAGGAUAUUACAUUAGCGGCUCGCGACCUGUGUCUGAGCUGAUGUUGUGUGCACUUGCGUGAGGUGUAUGGU